CGUCCCCCCCUCGCAGUGCAGUCAUCUCUUCAGAUCAUCGCAACCCUCUAAUCAGGACACAGCCCCGCGGGAGCGACGCCAGCGGGAGUCUCCGCUGCUGCAGUGCGCCUUUACCUGGCAGGCCGAAGAUCGCUCAUCCCGAAGUCCUGCCCAGGCGCACGCAGCUCCACAGGGGGGCGACAGCGAGAAGCCCUGGAGCGGCCAGGCUCCCGCCUCCUGCCCGCUCUUGUUUCUGCCCUUCGGUGAACGCAGCCCCGGAUCAGAGGGCUUUGGCUUUUGCAGGACACCUGUAGGGAAGGAAAUGCCCACCGUUAUCCACCCACCCUCCUCCCUGCCCCAGAGCCCCGGCCUCUGAAAUGCCAAGCUCUUCGGAAACUGGGAAGGAGGGCGAGUUCCCUGCAGCAUCGGGGAGGGAGCUCUCUCCAGCCGCAGGACAGAUCCCAGAGGAGCCGCUCUGGGCGGGAGCAGCCUGUGGCUUCGCCGCUCUCCCCUUCAUCUCUCCCGGCUCCGCUGCUAUUCUGGGACGGUACUCCCAAAUCUAGAGGCGGCCUGCCUCAUCCCUGCGGCGACUCCCCCCCCUCCCUGGGGCGUGCGCCCGUGCCAGGCGGCUGGGGUGUGCGUCCUGGCUGAUUCUCCCUCUCCCCGCCGGCAGCGUGAGGACAACCGGCCUCCAGCCCGGCUGGCAGCUCAGUCAGCACCAGACACGCUCCUCAGAACAUGUGCCGGCACAGCGAAGUCAAAAUAAUUAAGUACCUCGUUUUCCCUGUGGUUAACAUACCACUCCAUUAUUAAAGGAUUAUAUGGGCUAGUUCACCCACAGGGAAAACCAGGUCCCUCUGUGUUGUAACUGGCCUGGAGAAAUGACAUUCCAUUUUACUUUAAAUAGGAAUUAUUGAUCCUAUAUAUGGUAUUAUACCUGGAGGGCUCGAAGAAAAGAUGAGUGGGACAUCUGUUUUAAGCAGUAAUGGAUUUCAUACAAGGUGUAAUCAUAAUACUUUACUCUUUAUACACAGCUUUUCAUCCCCAGGGAACCUAAAUUGGUUUACGUAUAGAAGGACACCCACUGACCCCCAGUCUCCUAAUUAAGGUGGAAUUGGGGGAGGCCAGACUGUACAAGCUCAGAUUGGCCUUAUCCAGAGUACUGGGGUUAACAGCUAUGCUCUUUCAAAAGGUGCCAUGGGAUCUUUAAUGACCAAGAGAUCAGGACCUUGAUUAAAUAUCUCAUCCAAUGGCCCUACAGUGUCCUACAGUCAGCACUCGGUUGGAAAUUCUGGUCAAGAGGGAAGAGCACCACCUACUGGUCCACCAGCACACAUACUACAGCACUGUGGUUUCACUUUGAGGUCUCCCAUCCCAGCACUGACCAGGCCUGGCCAUGCUCUGUAUCUGCAGAGACCAGGGGAGACCAAGCUAUGAUGUGCUAAUGCUGCUGCACAAGAUUCCUGAUUUCCUCUGGUUGUAUAGGGUAUUUAUUACUAUAAACGAAUGAUCUUGAAGACGGUGCUGCGGGUCUGAAUAGGACUGAAGCGGACGCGCAGAUCGUAAACUCAGACAACACAGAGCAACCCCAGUGUCACAAAUCUACCUUCUCUCGAUCUGACGUCGGCACACUUGACGUGUGAAAAACUGGGGCCUGUGAGAGAGAACGAGAGAGACAGGGAGAGGGAGAAGAGCUCUGGAGCUCUGCCAGGACCUGAUGUUCAGAAAAUGAAUUACCAUCAUUAUGGUGACCACACAAACUCAGGCGACUCGAUCAGCCCAGACCCACACCCCUCGCGUCCCCUCACCACCCAGCCUAUAUAAACACAGGUCCUCCAGAGAGCAGGGAGAGAGAGGCAGAGCAAAGGAGAGAGAGAGAGGGAUUAAACUCUGCUGCUACCACCUCAUCGUUCUCAGUCAUCUGGGUUGAGGCCAAUCUGAGCACCAGGCGGUUAACAAGACUUCACAGUAAAUCAACUCCCGCAGCUGAAGGAAAAGUUUUUACCAGCGCUGAGCAAGACUUCCCUGCCAAUAGUACGCUGCUCCCUGAGACGCCAUGGCCGCCCGCACAGCCGCCAUCUUUCUUCUGCUCCCCCUCGUCUCCAUGGCGACCAACGAGCCCCCCGGCUGCAAGAUCCGGGUCACGUCCAAGGGCCUCGAGAUGUUGAGGCAGGAAACCCUGAAGUUCGUGGAGGAGGAGCUGGAGAACAUCACCAUCCCUGACCUGCAGGGCAAGGAGGGACGCUUCCAGUACUCCAUCAAGGAUGUGAAGAUCACAGAGCUCAACCUGACCCACGCAGACCUGCGCUUCCAGCCGGACCUGGGGCUGCUCUUCGAGGUGCACAACUCCUCCAUCACCCUCAACUUCCAGAGGCACAUCCUCUACUGGUUCUUCAAUGACGUGGGCUCCAUCAACGCCUCGGCGGAGGGCGUGAACAUCCACACGGCCCUACAGCUGUCCCGCGACGUCGUGGGCCGUCUCAAGAUCUCCAACAUCUCCUGCGACGCUGCCAUCUCCAAAAUGCGCGCCAAGUUCUCCGGCACCCUGGGACGUGGUCUCUCUGUCUGUGUGUCCCAGAUCUGCCCUGUCCUGAACCACGCCGGGCUGGUCCUGAUGAACUCUCUGCUGGACACGGUUCCGGUGCGCACACCUGUCGACAACUACGUAGGCAUUGACUACUCUCUACUGAGUGACCCUGAGGUGACCUCUGCCAGCCUUGAUAUGGAUUUCAGGGGAAUGUUCUUCGAUCGGCACAACGAGAGCGACACCAUCGUGAACUACGCGGCGAUGCCGGUGAUCCGGGAGUUUGACCGCAUGGUGUACCUGGCGCUGUCCGAGUACUUCUUUGACAGUGGCAUGUACGCCUACUUCCAGGCCGGUGUGUUCAGGAUGCAGAUAGCUCGCGACCGGGUAGGCAUGGCUCGAGGCAUCGCCACGCUUUCCGAUGGGAGCAGCCUGGCCACGUCACGGGAGAACAAGAUGAAUGCCAAAGUGUCCAUGAAGGGCAAGAAGCUGGCCAUCCACAUGGACCUGAGACGCUUCAGGAUCUACUCUAACCAGUCUGCUCUGGAAUCAUUAGCGCUCAUUCCCCUGCAGGGACCCCUGAAGACCCUCCUGCAGCUGGUGGUCGUGCCCAUCAUCAAUGAUCGCACCAAGAAGGGGGUCCAGAUCCCCCUGCCUGAGGGGAUGGACUUCACAGAGGAAGUGGUCCAAUACCACACGGGCUUCAUAACUAUCGGCGCCAACCUGCACUUCAGCAAGGGCCUGAGGGAGGUGAUAGAGAAGAACCGCUCCCCCCUGCAGACCAACAGCACCCUGGACUGAGCCGGGGCGCCUCGCAGCCCCCCCCCGGCCCAGCCCGCGCCCCGCACGCCUCUCCGCACCCACCGCCGCCGCACCACGCUUUCAACUCUGCGUCUUCAUUCCUCAGGCUCACGGAACCGACGUCCAUAGUUUUCAGAGGAAAUACCGUCAAAACAAGUGCUUGUUGCUACCAGCGGUCGUGCUUCCUGGAAGCGCGCGGCAGUGAGGCUGCAGAGCGCCGGAGCCCGGCGGGAUUCGAGUGGGCGCGCUCGCCGGUGGUGCUCGCGAGCACGCUCCGGGGUCACGGCUCGUCUCCUUCAGCGACAGGGCCGCCACUUCCACUUCCCGCUUCCCGCACUGAAACAUUCCAGCAUUCCCCGGGAGAGCCAGCCCAGCUCCCGGCUGUACACUCUCCGAGGAAGCCGUCGCCUCCUAGUCCUCCCCACACGUUCCAGGGAUCCACUCCCCGUCACGGCCCGCUGACAUGUCCACAGCCUCACCCUACGAGAUCCUGACUGGGAGACUGGGAGAAACCACACUCCGAGAACUAGGAAUGAAGUAAAGGGGGAGCUUGGAUCUUAACAAGAUGAACCGACAUCCUGCCACCUGAGUUCAAUCCUUUCAGGCCCAUGUGUGCUGUUUUGUAAUCAAGGCCCUUGUAUUUUGUAAUAUCUAAAGUAUUCCGUCUAGUACACAAGUUGCAUAAUCGGUCUCUCUCUUUUCAAACUGCCAGUUCUUACUCCUUAUGACUUUAUACAGAUUAUUUUUUCAAAGCCCAGAAAAAACGAUGGUGACAUUCAGCUUUCCUUUUGGUGAACUGCUAAAAUGAAGGUUUGAUACAAAGUCAUUAAUUUGAUGUUAGAAUAAAAAAACUGCACAUCACUGACUUUUUUUUUUGAGGAACAGACUUAGAAAGGGCUCUGUGGUUAUAUCUAGGACAGAACCCUGUUAUCCAAUGUAAGAAACGGGAAAAGAUUGUCAAAUGCUGUUAAGAGACAAUACCUGAUCAUUAAAACAUAUUCUGCUAAUUAAGCAAU